GCGAGCGGCGCGGCGGCGGACACCGGAGGCCGAGCGCGGCGGCGCCCGAAACGCACCCAGCGGAAGGGCGAGGCUGCCCGCAGCCCGGCGGACAGCGGGAGGCGAGCCGACGCGGGGAGUAGGCGGCGGCGGCAGCUCGUUGGAAGUGGCGGUGGCGGCGGCGGCGGCGGCGGCGGCGGCGGCGGUGUCGAGGAUGCUGACUGGGAGGCUGUGCUGGGUGCCGCUCCUGCUGGCGCUGGGCGUGGGGAGCGGCAGCGGCGGCGGCGGCGGGGGCAGCCCGCAGCGCCGCCUCCUCGCGGCUAAAGUGAACAAGCACAAACCAUGGAUUGAGACUUCGUAUCAUGGAGUCAUCACGGAGAACAAUGACACGGUCAUUUUGGACCCACCGUUGGUCGCCCUGGAUAAAGAUGCACCGGUUCCUUUUGCAGGGGAAAUUUGCGCAUUCAAGAUCCAUGGCCAGGAGCUGCCCUUCGAGGCUGUGGUGCUCAACAAGACAUCAGGAGAGGGCCGGCUCCGCGCCAAGAGCCCCAUAGACUGUGAGCUGCAGAAGGAGUACACGUUCAUCAUCCAGGCCUAUGACUGCGGUGCGGGGCCCCGGGAGACGGCCUGGAAGAAGUCGCACAAGGCUGUGGUCCAUAUCCAGGUGAAGGACGUCAAUGAGUUCGCUCCUGCCUUCAAAGAGCCAGCCUACAGGGCCGUCGUGACGGAGGGCAAGAUCUACGACAGCAUCCUGCAGGUGGAGGCCGUCGACGAGGACUGCUCCCCCCAGUACAGUCAGAUCUGCAACUACGAAAUUGUCACCACUGAUGUGCCUUUUGCCAUCGACAGAAACGGCAACAUCAGGAACACGGAGAAACUGAGCUAUGACAAGCAACACCAGUAUGAGAUCCUGGUGACCGCCUACGACUGUGGACAGAAGCCCGCAGCUCAGGACACCCUGGUGCAGGUGGAUGUGAAGCCAGUUUGCAAGCCCGGCUGGCAAGACUGGACCAAGAGGAUUGAGUACCAGCCGGGCUCGGGGAGCAUCCCCCUGUUUCCUGACAUCCACCUGGAGACAUGCGACGGGGCCGUGUCCUCCAUCCAGAUCACCACUGAGCUGCAGACCAACUACAUCGGGAAGGGCUGUGACCGGGAGACCUACUCGGAGAAAUCCCUUCAGAAAUUAUGUGGAGCCUCAUCUGGCAUCAUCGACCUCUUGCCGUCCCCCAGCGCAGCCACCAACUGGACUGCAGGACUGCUGGUGGACAGCAGCGAGAUGAUCUUCAAAUUUGACGGCAGGCAGGGCGCGAAGAUCCCGGACGGGGUUGUGCCCAAGAACCUGACGGACCAGUUCACCAUCACCAUGUGGAUGAAGCACGGCCCUAGCACUGGCGUGAGAGCGGAGAAGGAAACCAUCCUCUGCAACUCGGAUAAAACUGAAAUGAACCGGCAUCACUAUGCCCUGUACGUGCACAACUGCCGCCUCGUCUUUCUCUUGCGCAAGGAUUUCGACCAGGCUGACACCUUCCGCCCUGCGGAGUUCCACUGGAAGCUGGACCAGAUUUGUGACAAAGAAUGGCAUUACUAUGUCAUCAAUGUGGAGUUUCCUGUGGUUACCUUAUACAUGGAUGGAGCAACAUAUGAACCAUACCUGGUGACCAACGAUUGGCCCAUUCAUCCAUCUCACAUAGCCAUGCAACUGACGGUCGGCGCUUGUUGGCAAGGAGGAGAAGUCACCAAACCGCGCUUUGCUCAAUUCUUCCACGGCAGCCUGGCCAGCCUCACCAUCCGUCCGGGGAAAAUGGACAGUCAGAAGGUGAUUUCCUGCCUGCAGGCCUGCAAGGAAGGGCUGGAUAUCAACUCCCUGGAGAGCCUGGGCCAAGGAAUAAAGUAUCAUUUCAACCCCUCGCAGUCCGUCCUGGUGAUGGAAGGUGACGACAUUGGGAACAUCAACCAUGCCCUCCAGAAGGUCUCCUACAUCAACUCCAGGCAGUUCCCAACCGCAGGUGUGCGGCGCUUGAAAGUCUCUUCCAAAGUCCAGUGCUUUGGAGAAGACGUGUGCAUCAGCAUCCCCGACGUGGACGCCUACGUGAUGGUGCUGCAGGCCAUCGAGCCCCAGAUCACCCUCCGUGGCACGGACCGCUUCUGGAGGCCUGCUGCCCAGUUUGAAAGCGCCAGAGGGGUGAUCCUCUUCCCCGACAUCAAGAUCGUGAGCACCAUCGCCAAAGCCGAGGCCCCAGGUGACUUGAAGACCACAGCCCCCAGAUCAGCAGUUUUAGAAGAAAUGCUUCACAACUUAGAUUUCUGUGACAUUUUAGUGCUGGGAGGGGACUUGGACCCAAGACAGGAGUGCCUGGAGCUCAACCACAGUGAGCUCCACCAGCGACACCUGGACGCCACCAACUCCACCGCGGGCUACUCCAUCUAUGGUGUGGGCUCCAUGAGCCGCUAUGAGCAGGUGCUGCAUCACAUCCGCUACCGCAACUGGCGUCCGGCUGCCCUCGAGGCCCGGCGGUUCAGGAUCAAGUGCUCGGAACUCAACGGGCGCUACACCAGCAAUGAGUUCAACGUGGAGGUUGGCGUCCUCCAUGAGGUCAGAGUCUCAGACAAGGAACACGUCAGCCACCUUAUCGUGCAGCCACCCUUCCUCCAGUCGGUCCACCACCCCGAAUCCCAGAGUAACAUCCAGCGUAGUUCAGUGGUCCCAAGCAUCGCCACAGUGGUCAUCAUCAUCUCCGUGUGCAUGCUAGUGUUUGUCGUGGCCAUGGGAGUGUACCGGGUCCGGAUCGCCCACCAGCACUUCACCCAGGAGGCUGAGGCUGCCAAGGAAGCCGAGAUGGAUUGGGACGACUCUGCGCUCACUAUCACAGUCAACCCCAUGGAGAAACACGGAGCCCCAGGGCGUGGGGACGAGGAGACUGAGGAGGAGGAGGAGGAAGUAGAGGAAGACGUGAGCUCCGGUAGCAGCGACUCUGACGACAGCGACGAGGAGGAGGAGGAGGAAGGGGUGGGCAGGGGCAGACGCGGGCAGAGCGGAGCCAGGCAAGCCCAGCUGGAGUGGGACGACUCCACCCUCCCCUACUAGUGCCCGGCGUCUGCGCCCACCCACCUGUCCCUUUUGUAAGCCCCACCCCGAUGUCUGUCUAUCACAUAAUCGCCUCUGAUUUCUGUGACAGGUCUGGGCAGGCCCUCCCCAGUGUCCUGGGGCCCACCCUUAAUGCCGUGGGCAUACCCCGUGUCCCAGCCCUGGGGUGGUUCCAAGAAGCCCAGCGGCAGCAUCGGUGGGGACUUCAGGGUGGACUUCGUCCUGUAGCCCCCACUUCUCCUGCCCUGGGCUCACCCAGCAUCGUGGCAGCAGAUCUGUGGAGUUCUGCCUUCGCUCCUCCCUGCGGGGGAGAAGGUCAGCCUUUCUGUCGCUCGCCUGCCCAGGCUCCACAUUCCCAGGCCCUUAGGUUCCAACCCACUGUGUGUGCACCUGACUCAGUCACCUCUCCCCACAGACCGCCAGGUCCUCCUUACCUGGCUCUCCAGGCUGCUUCCUACAGGCAGGGUGGUCAGACUCCACACACGCAGGUCCACAUCCUCAGCACUUCAAAAGAAUGACCUUACCAAGGCAGACCUGUUUACAGGGGAAGGUUCACGUGGGCUAUACACACACACACGCACACAUGCACGCACGCACACACACUCACGCACGCACUCUCCCAUCUUGGAGAGCCUUUCCCUUUGUCUUUCUGAGGCCACAGAAGCUUAUAUGAAAAGUCCAAAACCAAGACUAGGUCCUUGGCUACAGCAGGGCCUGGUUCUGGCCAAAGCUCUCUGAGAACCUGCCUUCCUGGCAGCGGCUGAGACCCGUGUGGCUGCCCUGCUGGGGGCUCCCACCCCAUGACACCACGGGGGCCAGGAAGCACUCCACACAGACGCUGCCCAGGGCCGUAGCCCUGACAAACUGACAGCCAGGGAUCAGAAGGAGAGGCUGAUGGCAUGACACGGCCAGGCUCCGUGGCAGACUGGGUGACAGGGAUGGCUGGGUGUCCCCAGGACCAGAGGGCGGUUCCGGGGCUGACAAGGCUGGGUCUUUCAUCCCCCGUUUCACAGUUUUGCUUCUUGAGAAGAUACAUUCCUCUCGGAUGUAUCGAAAUAAGUGUGAACUUCGACGAGUCUAAGAUAAUGAGUUUGGAGAUUUAACUGCUAGACAUUAGAAGCAUAUUUGCCAUAACAGCUUCCUCUUCUCAUAAAAGGAGCAAUGCUUUGAGUGGAGGGUAAAUAUAUCCAAAAACCUAGUUUCUUCCUUUCUUCCUUCUUUCCUUCCUUCCUUCCUUCUUUCCUUCCUUUCUUCUUUUUUAGUAAGGAAAUCUUUUCCAUCUCCAUCUUAACAUGGAUACUUCGGGAGGAGAAUUGUUGCUAUGGUAACUGGUCUGUGGUCUUUUGUGGUCAAGAGAAUAGCAGGCAAGAAUUAGGGCCACUAUAGGGCUCCCAUGAGGCGCCAAGAACAUCUUUGUUUCGAAUGUCUUGGGCUUUGUCCUCAGGAUGUAUGGUCUGUCCGAGCCCCUCCCACAUUGGCUCCACACAGGCACAGAGCUGGUCCCAGGCAUUCAGAUUCAAAAGAAAGUUCAGAAUCAGUUCAUUCUACUCCCUGAGUCACUGAAUCAGUGAGACCUUAAGCAGGGGGACUGCUGUCAAUGUCCUCUGGUCUGAUCUCCACCAAAUGAGCAUCCACGACAGGCCUUUGCAGCCUUCUGAUUCGAGGAGACCACCUUGUGCAGCUUUUUCCAUCACCUGAAGUGUUAUUUGCCCCAUUCGUUCCUUUGAGCCUCACAAUAAUCCCGUGAGGUAGCUGGGACAUCUACUGUUAUGAUGAGUCAACUGAGGCUAAAGAUUCAACAUCUUGAUCAGAGUCAUUCCAAGGUAUAGACAAGACCAGACUCCCCACCAUCCACUCCUGGCCCAGGGCCCACCAGCCUGAAUCUACCUACUUUCCUAUUCAUGCAGCUCACAGGUAUUGCUGAAGACCUACUAUGUGCUAAGCGCUCUACCAGCAGCUGUGGGCAAGGGGACUUGCUAGUUGCCGAGGAGAAACGAUCAGGCAUAGAAAUUAUACAAGAGACAGAUGCUGAGGGAGAGAGAGGAGAGGUCACAGGAAGAAAGGGGAUCUGUUCACAAUCCCAACCCAUGCUCUUACUUUCCCCUUCUUAAGAAAAAACACCAGCUGAAGUUUGGGGUUUCAUAUCCAUUGAAUGGAAAUAGACACUUUUGUGAAUUUUCCCAAUCAAAUAGCUCUUUUCUCUCAGGCUGUGUCUGCACAUUUACAAGGAGAAAAUCUUGAAUUUUUAGUCCUCACAAUCCCCUUAGUUAAAUAAAAAGAGAUUCUUCAGUCAUUUAGACUGACUUAAAUAUUUUAAAUCAAAAUCCAGAAUUCUCCCAAAAUUAUGGCAGUAAAAUGAAUAUUUUCUUUAUAUGUUUAAAAGCCAAUUCUUUUUGAGUUGGAUUUUGAUUUAAAAUAUUUAAGUCUGGUAUGCAUGAGAGAUUUUUCUUCUGCUAGGUCUUUCUUUCGGUUUGGCUGGGCAUGGGAAGUGGUCCUCGAGCCCUCUGCUGCCUCCGACGGCUGCAUCACAGUCACGGCUGAGUGAGCUGUUUGGGGCAUGUGAAAUCAUUUUAUGUUGUGGGGGUUUGGAGGGGGUAGGGAGCAGGUGGCAGUGGCAUGUGGCCAGGACAGCAGAGUUGCCUCAUUUGUGACUGGACUCAUACAUAGAGAGACAACGGAGUCAAGUCAGAGCCCUCCCCAUCAGCUCCUGCCAGGGUGGUCACUCUGCAUGCCAGCCCCGAGGACGAAGCACUUGAAAUGUUGCUGCUGGGUCAGUGGGCACGUAGAGUGUUCCAACAGCCUCCUCAUCACUGUGGGUGAGAACAAGAAGGGGCGGUGAUGCACAAGUAGCAGAAGCUUUGGGGGAGCCUCCAGGUGAGCAGUGAGUAAUGUCACUUGCUCUCUAGCGGGGAUUCUAACCACAGGUGAAAAACGUCAUUAAUCAGCCCAAUGUUUUCCAGGCUCCAUCUGCUGGUAUCUGGGAACCAAAAUUCCCCACAUGGCCAGAUACCCAGUGGUCUCUCACCUAGACAGCAGCAGCAGCAGAUGCAGAUUUGUACCCGGGAGGCACAGCUGAUCGGUUUGGCCGCAGGCCAGACCAUUGCUUAUCUUGCCAAGUGGAUGACCAGAUCCUGCUCUCUGCAGGCUGAAAUAGAUAGGCUGAAAUCUCUCACAUGACUCAGGUGACCGGGAGGAAGAGAAAGAGGAGGAGGAGAUGGAGAAGAUCAGGACAGAAUGAGUUGCCCUAGUGGAGGAAAGCAAUCAGCUAGUUGGUUAUCUGUCUUAAAGAAAUACUACAAGUGUAUUCUUGUAGGCUUAAUCAAAUGCUAUAAAUCUGAGCAACGCCCCAAUUCAUCUAGUUACCAAAAAUGUGAUGUCAGUGGGUUCUGAUUUCACUAGCUCUUUCUUGAACGUAAGCAAUCAUCCUAUCAAGCAGGGCUUAGCCCACACUUCUUUGCAUGUAGCAAGGGCUGUGCCCGGUGGCCCCGGACUCUGCAGGGAGAGGGCUCCUGGAGGGAAGGCAGCGUCCUCCAUUCCUACACAUAUGGCAGGGCUCAGGGACUGGCAAACUUCACCUGCAGAGGGCCUUUGCAGACCACGUGGUCUCUUGCAAGUAUUUGACUUGACCACUGCAGCAUGAAACCAGCCGCAGACAAUAUACUUAAAUAAAUGGGUAUGGCUGCAUCCCCUCAAAACUUUAUUCAUGACCACUUAAAAAAAGCAGGCAAUUCAAAUUCAGAUUAUUGUCACAUGUCACAAAAUGUUAUUAUUCUUCUGAUUUUUAUUUUCAGGCAUUUAAAAACAGAGAAACCUUUCUGAGCCCACAGGACUUACAAAAACUAGCAGCCGACCAGAGCUGGCCUGUGGGCUACAGUUUGCACCUCUCAACCAUGCAUGCGUGGAAAGCAGCCUUCUAUCUGACAAGGGAAAGCAGAUUACUACCGUAGGCCCGCUCAUCCACAACCCAGUGGUCUUUGCCUCCCAAAUGAACAGCAAACAACUCCACAGUGCUUAAUUAAACUGUUUUAAAAAUCUAUGUUCAAAGUGGAAAACAGAAACAAAACCCCCCAAAAUCUUUGUCCCUUGCUGAAUUGACUCAAAUGCAGGCAAGCAUUCUUCAAGAGCUAAAAGCCUUGGGUCGAGGAACUGGCUGAUCACUGAGCACAAACGCCACUGAGCUGAGGGCCAGCUCCCAGGGCUCACACUGGCCCCCAAUACCUCAGCCCGUAAUGAUUUCUAAGCAGGAACGUUCAUUAUCUCAGACUGAUUUCCAUUCAGUCCUGCUCAUGCCGCUGCUCUAAAAAUGAUCAUAAAGACUUGUGACUGUUUGAAUCGAUAGCAACGUAAUCAGUAGAAAGCCCGACCCCGCAUACUUCAAAAUUAGCAAUCUCCUUGGCCAUGCGAUUCAACGUUAGCCAGAGGAAGAAGAGGACUUUCUUUUUAACCAUUCCCUCAUUUAAAUUAACCAAAUCGAUUUUACCAAGAAAAAAAAAAGUAAGGGAGCUGGUCUAAUCCUUUGAAAGAAUUUGGUGCAAAGUAGAUGCUUCUCAGGUAAGAUCAUUCUGAGGCCUUUGGGGGAUCCCGAAAGCCUCCUGCGAUGUGCUCUGGUAGGCUAUAGAUACUCCACCAUCCUCUAUCUGCAUCGGACAUUUAUCGAGGCUGACAAGCCAAAGCCCUGGGCACAAUUUAAUUUUCAUGUAACCACUUUCUGUUGUCCAGCUGUAGGCAAGGGAAAUGUGUAAUGAAAGUUUUGAAGUCUACUCCAGCACCUUCAUUUCCCUGCUUUGAUUUGCUUUACUUUAUAAAUUCAUUCUGCGCCUUCUUUAUAGAUCUGGCUCUAGUUUUCCUUUGGCACCAACUGGAAAGAAGAGUUGGCUUGCUAAGGGCUAUGGGUUAGAAGCCAAACUUGGCUCUCCCGGAGAGACAAAAAGAGACAGAAAAUGUUACCACCACCAGCGCCCCAGAAAGCAAUCAGACACCCCCUGUAUGCCAUUCGUGAACAGAUGGGAUUCUGUGUUUGCAGCUCUGUUCCAUGGAAUGCAGCAAACCCUUGCUCAGCGCCCGUGGUGUACCAGGCCUCGUGCCAGGAACAGGAGAGGGAGGAUGGAUGAGACGUGGCCCUGCCCGUGAAUAUCUCCUGGUCUUGCAAGCUGCUGGGAUGUUUCCUUUGCCCUGUUGGAGGCUGUCCAUGAGCAGUCAGGACUGUGGGGGCAGAAGUCUGGGGUUGGGAGUGGGGGGAUAACUUCAUUGGGCAGCUCUCUGCUCUAAGUCAGGUGGUAGGUGUGAUUCUGGGAGCCCUGCCACACAUUUCUGAGGCCACGUGGAGAGAUCUCUAGGGAAGCAGGCAAUGCUUCUCUACAUGUUUCUCAUUCCACCCCAGUUCCCUUGUAGAUAGAAGCCCAUCACCCUGCCUAGUGGGCAGAAAUAACAUGGCGGAUGGCUGAGAUUCAGUGGAAACCAGCCAAAGCAAGUUCUUAAUUAUAAACAACAGACAGCCAGACGUCGGAAGUUAGAAAGGGUAACCCAGGUCCAGGGGCCAACAUGAGCCAAGGCCCACAGCCACAGGACAGCCUGAUGUAAAAAGAACCCCUGGGAGGCCCUGGGUCGGAGCUGAAGAGGGAGGAAGGGCUGACUCUGGAGGACCUGCCGCAGAUUCACACCCGACCCUGUGGAGCCCAGCUUCUCAAGUGUCCUUGGACCAGAGCAGCCGCAUCACCUGGAGACAAGUGAGAAAUGCAAAUUCUCGGGCCCCACCUAUGACCUGCUGAACCAGGAACUUUGGGCGGGGUCCAGAGUCUGAGAACUGCUGAUGUAGAGGAUGAGGAGCAGGAUUUAAGCUGGCAUUGGGAGGAGAUGACUGUUAACAAGACAUAAUCAAAAAUAAUUGUGUCAUGAUGAGAGCGGGCAAAAGCAGACUGCCCCACCCAACUCCCAGGCCCUCCAGGCUCCCACCCACACUCCCUGAAGCAGUGGUUUCAGGGAACCCUGGUCCUAGUCCCAAUUCCACUCCUUCUCUCGGGCAUGAGCCACUUCCUGCUGGUCUGUUCUGGAUCAUCCUGGAGAAAGACACAGCCCCGGAGAAGCUGGAGUGAGGCCACACAUCCUUUGGGAGGCCAUCUUCCAGGCUCCUAUAAAGUGAGCAGCCUCUUCCAUGGCUGUAUUUUAAGAGGAGGCAAUUGACCUGCAGCAGUGGCCCUGCAGCUUCAGGAGGACUGGUCUCCACACAGCCUCGAUGCCGGUGGAGCCGCCCGGGGCACGGGAGAGAGCAGAGCCAGGUCAUUUAAGGGCGUUGCCAGGUUACUGCAGCAUCGCUCCAUUUGUAAUGGGAUGGGGCCCGCAGCGUCACAAUGCAGGCACUAAACUGGAUGGGGGAAUGAAUGGCUUUUCUUGAAAGGGCAGUAACUCACUCUGGAUGUUCCUGAAAGUAGAAAACCAAAACCAGAAACAAACCUGCAGCCUUCCUAGAGACAGUGUCUUGGCCCUCAAAUUUCUAAGACCCACAAAGGUGCCAGGCUCCACCAGUGCCCUUUUUCUCCAUCAACCUGAUCCCUGAGGUCCAAGAUUGAUUUUGCUUUUUGAUCUAUGGCUUAAACUCUGUGAAGGUCUACAAAUCUUUGGAAGGAACUAGUUGGUGUCCUAUCAAUCAUUUACACCUAGCUGUGGGGUACAGAAUCUGUUCUCAUAUAAGGAUUUCUGAGACCGGGAGUCAGAGGACUGGGGUGCUGGGCCUUGGGGUGGAAGCACAGAGGAGAAAUGGGCUGGAAAGGAGCCCAGAAAUAUGUCCUGGGUGAUCCAGCACCUGCUUUUCAGUUCCUACAAACUCCAGUCGCCUCCUGACCAGAUACAUCCUGGUCCUCUCCUGGCUGAGUCCUCCCAAAUGCCCUACAGGACACACCUGUAUCUCCAGCCCAGCUUGGAAAAGGUCUUCUGAUUAAAUGCAGUCUCCUGAGACCACAAAGAUCAUAUCGGGAAUAACUCACCUCUAAUAGAUUAGAAUCAACUAACAAGAACAACUAAGGCUGGCCAGCUGCGUGCUGGGGAGACAGAGUGGGGAGAACCGGACAGACCCCGGCGGGUAAGGCCAAGGUUUCUUCAAGUCCCUUAGAUCCAGAAGAGCUCUUCUUUACAGCCUGGCCUCUCUUUGUAAAUUAUCUUCUGAAGCACUUCUCUCCCAAGACCUUAAGGCAAUUUUAUGUGUUUCCCUAAGGUUAGUCACUUAGCACAAAUGCUUCUGUGGGACCAAAGGACAAGGAAUGGGAUGGCAGAAAGGGGAUGGAGAGGCCUUUGUUCUGGAAACAGGGUGGGCUUCGUUCUCGCUGACAGGCCCGGACCUGUGUCCAGUCAAGCAGGACAGGGACACGUUACGGACUCAGGGUGAGGAGCUCUGUGUAAAGUGAGUGCAUAAGGGGGCGUGCUAGCUGGGAAACCUGGGCACAGGUGAGACACAGUGUGUCACUGGGCAGGACACACCAACCACUUAACGCUUGUCAGAAACAAGAGAACCGUGUCCCAACACGGGCUAGUUCCUCCCAUUCUGAGGAGCAGGGAGGAGCUGGUACCUCUGGACCACCGGGGUGACACAUCUCCAGAGUCAGGGUUCCACUCCGUGGGAACUUGCAGUUGAGUGAAAAGGACCACAGCCCUCACUUCCCAGGCCCCUGACUGGGUGUCUGACCAGGACCCUGGAAAACAUCAUUGUGUGAAGCUAGGCCCCAACUCUUGCCUCCUGUGCUGUCAGAGGCCUCCUCCCGAAGCCAAGAAGAGUAGCUCACCUAUCACAGCACCCUGGGUGUCCAGCACAGCGCCUGGCCCACAGCACGCGCUCCCUAAAUGCUGAAGUAAAUGGAACACCAGAGAUCACUUAACCUCCAUGAACACGUGGGGGUUGAAAAAUUAGGAUGCUCCAAUGGAGGAAGACAGCUUCUAUCUUUUCUCUUAAUGGAGAAGUUGAGGUCUUUUAUAAAACCAGCUGCAGGAGGAGUGGAAGUGCAGCAGUACAAUACUCUUGCUGCCCCCAGUGGAAAAAGAAGAGAGUGAGGUUGUUUGGAGAGGGACCCUCUCCCAGCUACAACCAGUAAAACGAGCCCCUAGGCCAGGAGCAGGCGCAGGUGGGCAUCGGUGAGCCCAUGUGCUCCACCGCAGAGGUCACAGGCAGCGUCCCAGCUGAGAAGAGGGAGCCCCGCUCUGCUGGCACCCCCAGCCCUGUGCUGCUCUCCAGUCUCUUUUAUCAGAUUCAGUGCAGAGGAGAUUCAUCAAGAUGAAGCUCAGUUCCCAACAGACUAAUGAAAAGAGGGCAACAGACGUGAGAAGAGCAAAAAUGCAGACGGUGUGUAUUAAUCACAGGCAACAGAAACACGUCGGCUCUAAUGUCUGUUCGCUUUUAUCUUCUGCCCAGACCCUUUUUCCUGAGCAUUUCAGAACAGAAAUGGGACACACACGCGCACACACAAAUGUGGAGGGUUCUUUUCCCCAAAGGAAACAGCUAUCAGAGAAACGAGCCCACAGAUUGUGUCUAUUUGCAGAAGCAGAGAAUCGACCACACGUCUCAGCUACAGGCACCAGCCCCCGAUGGAAAAGGCAGUGAAGGGGAUGAGGAAACACCGACCCUUGGGAAGGGUUCUUUAACAGCACUGUGAUGAGGGUCCCGCUCAUGCCUGGGGGCCACAGAUGUGAACAUAAAGUGCACAUCCACCCCCAGAGACAAAACUGCAUUGGUCCUUGUCGACAGGGAAAUCGAGGAUCCGGAGCCCACCCCCCACGCCCAGCUCCCUUACACGGCUACAGAGGGAAUGCUGACAUGUGAGGUUCGGAAGAGGUCAUGCCCGCCUUCACUAGUCAAUUUCAAGUGGUGGAAAUAGAGCAGAAGCUUUUUGGAGGUCAGGAAGCUAGACCUGGUACCCAGGGCUGAUCACUUAAAAAGCAAGAGAAGAGACUGAGGGGAAAGGUGACUCAGAGUUGGAGAGGGAAGAGGUGAGGCUGGGUAGGAGGGACAGUAAUAGGGGCAGCCCUCACUUGGGAAGCCAGAGGACUGUUCUGUGUUGAGAGCUGUAUCCAGGUGUCAGCCGACUAUGGGUGAGUCUGGUCAUGUGACCACAGAGGCAGGCAAAUCAAUAGCUUCCAAAGUCAGAGCUCUUUGAAGGUGACUUCAGUUCUUGAGUGAACCAGUGGUGAUGGAUCAAUCCACCUGAGCUCAGUGGCUUCCGGAACGGGUUGUUGGUGGCCUGAGCUGGGCAGGCUUGAAAGGAGAUUGAAAAAAACAGACGGUGGGUUUGGAAAAGAAAUGGCCUGUUUUCAAAGAAGUCAGUAGGUAUGAAAGUGGGUGUGUUAUGUUAUUGGCCAGGACAUUGCAAUGUCAGUAAGGCAAGGGCCAGAAUGAUUUGGUGGGACAUGCAUUUGGAAAAUUAAUGUGCUAAAUAUAAAUGAUCAGAGACAAGCAGCUAAGGACAGCUAAAUAUAGGUGUCACAUACAUAUCUAUAAUACAGAAAUAAGUGAGACAGAGAAUGAAGAUGUCUAUGGUCCUGGCACAUUUUAAAUUCCUCGCAAGCACUGGUUUGGAUGUUACACUUUUUCUUCUUGUUUACUUCUAGCCCUCAAAGCACUGGGAAGAGUGCCUGGCACAUAGUAGGAACUUGGAAGCACUGAGAAACUGAAGGUCCAGCUUGUCACCUCUAGGUAGACACCCAGUCAUGUCACUAUACCCCAAGUGAAAUGAGCUGCAGAGAAGCAGGUCAGCCACACACACACCCCCACCCCCGGUAGAUCAUCACAAUCGGCUGAGGAGAAGCCUUUGUGAAUUCACAGCUUCAGUGCUGAGUUCAGCCAACCGCAGGUCCUGGGACUGGCUCUCUGGUGGUGAUCAGUGGUGGGAUGUUGCAUUCAGUGAAUUGGUACCACUUAAACUGUAUCUGUUAAACCUCCCAGCAAGCUAUUUCUACAGGGAACAGGGCUGGGGGCCCCCCUCCUACGGCUUCUGCCGUUUCCUGAACCCUCGGUGAAGUGCUGUUGAACUUGGCCAACUUUAGGCAGUCUUGGAAAUAAAUGUACAGAUCUGGGGCUCAGCUGGUCCAAAAGGUCUAGCGAUUUCUUCUCCCAGACUUUCCCUUCUCUCUUAUCAGGAGCUGUCACCACCGUUUAGAGCCUUAGAUGGCUGUUUAUUCCCAGCUACUCAACCUCAGUGACAAGGGGAAAGGUCCGGUGAGCUUUCUCUCCUCAAAAUCUCUGCAGUGUUGACACUACGGACAAAGGACCAGCAGUGUCAUUUUAUGGAAUCACCUUCGAUCACUGUUACUGUCUGGGCAGUUACUGCUGGGCUGGCCAGAACGCCUCUGGCGGCGGCCAACUGCAUCUCCGCAGGUGGGCCAGUGUGCACCUGACACGUGUCAGAUUUCUGAGAUCUUCCAGUUGCCACAGAGUGAGUUCCUUUAAUUCAGAAAAUGUGUUUAUUUGCUAAAGAUACUACUGUGUGUGUGUGAGUGUGAUACAACGCAAACUCUGGACUCUCUCAUUAGAAGGAUGGGGUACAUUUACAGGAUGUUGAAUCUAAUUGCAGGAGAGCACACUGUCAUCUUGCUCAACAAACGAGGUUGCCCAGUCACAGGGAUGCAGAGAAAAUGCCCUUUCACCUCCCCCUACCCUCUCUCAGCACCCCUCCCCUGCCUGAUUGUGCUGUCCCAGCCACUCCAGGCUGACAGAGUGAGCGGCACCAAGAACCUGUAUGUAUAUAAAGCUAUAGGAAGAAGGUGACCAUCAUAGGAAUCUGCUGGGCUUCUUGCCAUGACUGUGAUCUUACCCAUCUUUGAAUCACAAACUGUAAAUUUCUAACAACUAAGAUUCUUGCGGUUUCCAAGUAAUGUGUUAAAUGCUGAUUUAACACAGAUAUUUAUUUUCAGCCUUGGCCUGUAAAUGCCUACAAACCAAUUCAUGUUGGUGGUCAUUACGGCACUUCCGGUGAAUUGGUGAAUAAAUACGAUUUUAGAAUUUCACAGUAAAGUCGACCUUGGAGAGUUUUUUAUUCUUUCAGACUAUUUGAUGAGGUGAGACACCAAGAACAGCUUCGGCUGGGUCAAUAUUCUCUGGGGCUCUGUCCUAAACCCAUGCAAGGAGAAGAGAGGGAUGAAGGAUGUGAGAAGUGGUGGCAUGGCAAACUGACCCCUCUCAGGCCUCCAUCAGGGCAUCCUGUUACCCCCGGGGCUGAACUCAGCAGCACUGUUGCUGGAGACCGAUAUAAAGGCAAUCCUAAUGCAUUUACUGAGCACGUACGAUGUGUGUGAUUUUAAUUAAGAUGAAGAAGAUGACACCUGGAGGAGCUGGGGGCACUGUGGAGGGUGGGGCCACUGAGCACAGGUCUCUCUCCUCACCUGUUCCUUCCUGCUCUUCCACACUGGCCUUCCCCCACACCCAGGUGCCACCCGGGGCCACCUUGCCCCUGAAGCCCACUGAAGAUGGGCUGCCUCCCCAUCCAAAGCGAG